UGGGAGGCGACGCAGCGAGAGUGAAGCAGCGCAGAAGUAAGCGGGGAUUCCAGGAAAAGGAAAAGAAAAACCAAGUAAGGAUGUCACCCCCGAUCACGUCAUAUAUUCGCCGAGGUUGGUGGCGCGUGCCAGCCGUGUUGAUACCUCUAUUGCUACUGUUGAUCGUCAGCUACAAUUUAGGAGUCACCACACAGACGAUCACUGCGUUCGACACGUCGCCCCAAAUGAAGGAUGCCGUCACCCACCACGUCGUAUAUUCGCCGAGUUUGGUGGCGCGUGCCAGCCGUGUUGAUACCAUCACUGCGUUCGACAGGUCGCCCCAAAUAAAGGUAACAGGAGCCUGCAUGGACGGUGUGGUGACAGCGCAGCCUGGUGGCAGACUGGGGAACCUGCUGAUGGAGUAUGCGUGCUCCGCCAUUUUGGCGAACCGGCACCACCUGCGGCUGGCCAUGCCUGCCAGGAUCCUCGAGCCACUGUCUGCCAUCUUCCACAACCUCAGUGCAGAACCGCUGGGCCGAGUUUUGCAGCAGCCGCCAUGUGAAGGAAACCUCACAGAGGAGGAAUUCCUGGAUGACCCAAAGCACCAGCUCCUGACGUGGGGAUCCGUAGAGAAGACACUGAGCCACCUGAGGAGCAAACACUUGCCGCUCAUUUUCAAGAGGUACAUGAUUCUACCAGAGUAUCUCGCACCUUCCUUCGAAUUUCUGGGACAAGAAUUCCGUUUCAGGCCGGAAUUACAGAGUGUCGCAAGCGAAAAGUUGCACAAGAUUAGACUGGAGACAGCGAGCGCCACUGGCACGAGCUACACCCAGGUGUGCACGGUGGGGGUGCAUGUGCGCAGGACGGACUACAAAGAGUUCAUGCAGAACAUAUUCCAACUGAAGCAACCGGCUGGCCUCUCAUACUACAAGGCAGCGGCGGACGCCAUGUUGACAGAUCUGCGCCACGAGUGCGCUGCCGUCGCUUUCGCCGUAACCAGCGACGACAACCAGUGGUGCCAACAGAACUUGCUGCCCACUCUCACCAGGAAUGCGUCUAAGGACUCGCCAGCCAGUGUGGGGUUCCUGAUGUCUUCGGACUCUCCGGCAGAUGACCUGUGCCUGCUGUCCUCCUGCCAGCACCUCAUCAUGACCUACGGCACCUUUGGACUGUCAGCCGCCAUCUUGUGUGGCGGAAGAACCAUAGUGUAUGAUGCGCCCAGCCACGGUGCAAAGGAUGGGCCCUCAGCCCACAAGAUGGCGGCCAUGGUGCCGGGAUGGCGACUCGUCGCGUAACACUGCUGCUGCAGCCUACUGCUGAAAGUAAAGCCCUCUAGCUGACUGGUGUUGUACCUACCGCCUAUCUGGGACAUUAUGCCCAAGUUUUUCUAAAGUUUGAAACCUUGUGUUUCAAGGGCAACGUUCAUACUGACUGAGCUGUUGAGGCAUGGUUCAUGGCCAGGCAUUACAGCCUCACCACUGACAGUAACUGUUUCAGUGGUGCCCUACAGCAAAAAACGAUGGACUAUUUUAUAGUAAAUAAAACUACCAGUGUUUUAUUAUAACGUAAACAACUUCCUAAGAUAAUAACUAAAUCAGUUUUUUGUGUUAUUUGCAUCAUCCAGUGUCCUCGUAUUGGACUGUUGAGUCCCUUCGGCGAGGUACACAUUGCUGCAGAUGCCAGGAAACUUUUCACAAUAUCUAAACUUUGAAAACACAGAUAGUGUCGAGCACACACACACACUUAAUAUUUCAGCCAAGGGAUAUUUUAUACAAAGAUUACCUUAUUGUAAGAACCUGUAUUUUCACACAGCCACGGUUAGAAAAUGCAGGUUUCGAUAAAAUAGCACUAGAAUAAUAGUUGAACAUCGAGACUAAUGCCAUGAAAUUUAGAUCAGAAGCUAUUAGAUGUAAACCAACAUUUGCAGGUAAACUGAAACAGAAAUAAUCCAACUUCAUAGAAGCCACUUUACUUAAAAAUGUCUGCAGCUGGUGGUGUUGCGGUAGUGUUCUCGCUUCCCGUGCACGGGGUCCCGGGUUCGAUUCCCGGCGGGGUCAGGGAUUUUAUCUACCUCGCGAUGACUGGGUGUUGUGUGUUCUCUAUCAUCAUUUCGUCAUCAUUGACACGCAAAUCGCCGAAGUGGCGUCAAUUCAAAAGGACUUGCAAUACGGCGGGCGAACUUCCCCGCAUGGGGCGUCCCGGCCAACAAUGCCAUACGAUCAUUUCAUUUCAUUUUUCUUAAAAAAUCGUUUCUCCUCCACAAUCGUUGCUAUUGGCUGCAACAGUUUUUGAACAAAUAACACAUUCUGGAGUUUGUGUGCUUGUGUGUUUCGUUAAUUUAUGUCAAUAUUUCAUUAAUAAUAUGUAAAUACAGCUUAAAACUUCAUGUGAAGUGUGCAGAGUGCACGCAAAUUUGCAAGUUUCAUAUUACACGGCGCAUCUAACCCAUUUCUCUGUGUGCACACACAUGAGUUUAACACGUUACCAUUUACAUAAACUCUAUUCAGUAGACUUUUUCGACAACCUUUACAAUUCAUUCCCAGAACUGUGUGAAGGAACUAUAUUGUGCCUGUUACAUGAAGUUGCUCGAUAUUGCUAAACCAAUCAGUAUUCUUGUUAAUCAUAAUGACAUCAGUAUUCUUGUUAAUCAUAAUGACAUUUAUUCUUGUUAUUAUCAUUAUGUAUAUGUGUGUUUUAUUCCUGGUCCGAUCAAAGAGAGGGGCUGGGAGUCUUAAUCUGGUCAUGUUAAAUUAGUAAUAAAUAGAUUUUUAUGUGUCGA